GACUUUGAGCGGAUAAGAACAAACGACCACCCCCUCGCCCCCCACGGCCGCACUCGCCCCUCAUCCAUGUCUACGAAGACAUCACCCCCCAACCCCCUCCCAAACCGCUCUCUCUAAGCUUUCUCCUCCUUUCUCUUCCUCUCUUCCUCCACCGCGCGUCUCUAUCCUUGAAAAAAAGACACAGAAACGAGAACACUCUGCUCGAAAAACUGGCGAUCGAUCACGAAUCCCCCUUCAAGGAGCUCAAACUCAAGAACAGAAGGGUCAUGGGAGGAGGAGGGCCGGAAGAGGAUAACCGGUGGCCACCAUGGCUCCGGCCGCUGCUGUCGACCAGGUUCUUCGUGCAAUGCAAGCUUCAUGCCGAUUCCCACAAAAGCGAGUGCAACAUGUACUGCCUUGACUGCAUGAAUGGUGCCCUCUGUUCCCUCUGCCUCGCCAACCACCGCGACCACCGCGCCAUUCAGAUAAGGAGGUCAUCCUACCAUGAUGUGAUCAGGGUGUCGGAGAUACAGAAGGUGCUGGAUAUCACCGGCGUCCAGACGUAUAUCAUCAACAGCGCCCGCGUCGUAUUCCUCAACGAGCGACCCCAGCCGAGGCCCGGCAAAGGCGUCAUGAACACCUGCGAGGUCUGCGAUCGGAGCCUCCCCGACUCCUUUCGCUUCUGCUCCCUCGGCUGCAAGAUUGUUGGGACCUCUAAUGACCAUAACAAGAAGAAGAAGAACAAGAAAGCAAUGGCUUUGGCGUUCGACUCCGAGGAGUCGUACACCAGCACCAGCCGCGGGAGCGAGAGGAGCAGUGCUGUGCAGAGCUUCACCCCGUCGACCCCACCGCCGACCAUCGUCAGCUACAGGACCGCCAAGAGGCGAAAGGGCAUCCCCCACAGGGCCCCCUUCGGCAGCCUCAUCGUGGAGUUCUAGGCCUCUCCACUACUACCGCACAAUGCAUGCGGGAUAUAUAUAAGAAUGGCCAACCCAACUCUCUCUUGAUGGCAUAUUGUUAAUAGCUCUAUGAAGUCCAUUCGCAGCACUCUGUGCUUCUUGAUGGGCAGGCCGGUGCUGGGAGCUCAAUUCCAUACAUAGGGAAAAAGAAGAGCAGAUGGAGAAGCCAUUGGACAGCUUAUAGUUUAAUCAGCCAUGGAAGCAUAGCUAUAGACUGAAAUGAUAGAUAAGUUUAUCAUAGGUUGUGGUGUUAUAUACAUAAAUAGAGGUAUUCACUACACUGCUUAUACCUAAGUUUUGUGGUAAUAGCAUGGUUAGAAGAAUGCUAAGAGAAUGUUUGUUGCAGCGAGGAGAGGAGAUGAUGUUUAUAUAUAAGAUGGGAAAUGUAAAAUAAAAUGCUCCUCCUUCUGCCUUA